CUACCUUCUGAAUAAAAACUGAUCUCAUCAGUUUUUUUUUAGCCAUUUUUUUGUAAAAUGGCUGAAGGUGGCGUUUUACUGGAUCAGGACCAGUUCAGCUGUUCGAUCUGUCUGGAUCUACUGAAGAAUCCGGUGACUAUUCCCUGUGGACACAGUUACUGUAUGGGCUGUAUUCAGGGCUGCUGGGAUCAGGAUGAUCAUACUGGUGUCUAUAGCUGUCCCCAGUGCAGAGAGACCUUCACCCCAAGGCCUGUUUUAAGAAGAAACACCAUGUUUGCUGAAGUGGUGGAGAAACUGAAGAAGACAGGACUCCAAGCUGCUCCUCCUGCUCACUGUUACGCUGGACCUGGAGACGUGGCGUGUGAUGUCUGCACUGGGAGAAAGCACAAAGCUGUCAAGUCCUGCCUGGUGUGUCUGGCCUCUUACUGCGAAACUCACCUCCAGCCUCACUAUGAAUCUCCUGCCUUUAAGAAGCACAAACUGGUGAAAGCCACUGGAAACCUGCAGGAGAAUAUCUGCUCUCAUCAUGACGAACCACUGAAGAUUUACUGUCGUACCGAUCAGCAGUGUAUCUGUUAUCUGUGUACAAUGGAUGAACACAGAGGCCAUGAUACAGUCUCAGCUGCAGCAGAAAGGACUGAGAAACAGAAGCAGCUGGGGGCGACACAGAGUAAAUUCCAGCAGAGAAUCCAGGAGAGAGAGAAGGAGCUGCAGGAUCUGAGACAGGCUGUGCAGUCACUCAAGCACUCUGCACAGGCAGCAGUGGAGGACAGUGAGAGGAUCUUUAGUGAGAUGAUCCGCUCCAUUGAGAGAAGGUGCUCUGAGGUGAAAGAGCUGAUCAGAGAUCAGGAGAAGGCUGAAGUGAGUCGGGCUGAAGGACUCCUGGAGCGACUGGAGCAGGAGAUUGCUGAGCUGAGGAGGAGAGACGCUGAGCUGGAGCAGCUUUCACACACAGAGGAUCACAUCCAUUUCCUCCAGAGCUGUCAGUCUCUCUGUGUCCCUCCUGGACCUGGAGACUUACCCAGCAUCACUGUCAGUCCACACGUCUCUUUUGAGGCUGUGAGGAAAUCUGUCUCUGUACUGAAAGAGCGACUGGAGGACGUUUUCAAGGCGGAGUUGGUCAAAGUUUCUGGAAAAGUGGGAAGAGUCCAUAUUGUUGGCCCUGAAGAGCCGAAGACCAGAGAGGACUUCUUACAAUAUUCCUGUCAGCUCACACUGGACCCCAACACAGCGUGUGAAUACCUCCGUCUGUCUGAGGGGAACAGAGAGGUGACCUGUGUGAGAGAGAUCCAGUCAUAUCCUGAUCAUCCAGAGAGAUUUGACUACUGGUGGCAGGUGCUGUGCACAGAGGGUCUGUCUGGACGCUGUUACUGGGAGGCUGAGUGGAGUGGAGCAGGGGUUUCUAUAGCAGUGUCAUAUAAAGAGAUCAGCAGGAAAGGAGAGGGUGAUGACGCUGCUCUGGGAGGUAAUGACAAGUCCUGGGCUUUGUGCUGCUCUCACUCUGGUUACACAUUCAGUCACAAUAAUGAGGACACUAAAAUCCCUGUUCCCUCCUCCUCCAGAAUAGGAGUGUACCUGGAUCACAGGGCAGGAACUCUGUCCUUCUACAGCGUCUCUGACACAAUGACCCUCCUGCACACAGUCCAGACCACAUUCACUCAGCCCCUCUAUCCUGGGUUUUGGCUUCAUGAUUAUGGAUCCUCUAUAAAACUGUGUGAUAUGUGAUGAGACAGAAAGUGAAGGGAAGAUCAGCUGUAAUUAAAGAGAGGGAAAAACAGUGAGAUAAAACAGUGAAAUGAGAUAGAAAAUGAAUUAAAUGAAAUAUUGGGCUGGCUCAUUACACCAAGGGCCGAGUUUUACCUUGAUAUGCAGCUUCACAAACCUGAUUUAAUAAGAUUUGGUGAAGUCACUGUUGUGACUCCAUUUUGAUGAUUUAGGAGUGCUUAAUGGAUGAUUUUUGAGACGCCUUUAGAAGUAUUACAUCGCUGUACAGGGCGUUCAGUGCUGCAGCACCCAGGCUCUGGAAUGACCUUCCUGGGUGCAACAGGACUUCUGAAUCCAUCCAGUCUUUCAGAACACAGUUAAAACCUGUCUGUUUAGGGAGGCCUAUCACACUGGUCAUCACACAUAGCAUUUCUCUGCUCAUUGGGGGUUCUCCUCCCUGCUGGUUCAUUGUAAACAUUGUUUUUAUAGCUUGGUCUUGUUUUUACUCUUGCUUUUUGUGUUGCUUCUUGUAUUGUUAUUAAUCAAUUUUAAAAAAAUUAUUAUUAUUUUUGAAAUGUACUGUACAGUGCUUUGAGCUUGGGAAAAACGUUUCACAAAUAAAAUGUAUUAUUAUGAAUAUAAUAUACUAGAGACAACUAACAAUGUUGUCUGACAUGGUAAUAUAUGAAAACCUGUUUUAAAGACGCUUUUAACAAAAUUGAAAAUAAAUUAUUUUUGAAAAGUGA